AUGUCUGCCAACGGCGACCCCAAGUACGACGACAUCGACUCAGAGUCUGACUCUGGCGAGUCCGUGGAGGAGCAGACCGAGCUCAACGAGGAGAAGCCCCUCAAGUCGGCUCUCAAGAAGUCGUCGAAUCCCGUCACUGCCGACAACACAGUCCAGCGCCCUCCUCUGCCCCCGCAAACCGAUCCCAAAGACCUCGAUGUCAAGACCCUUAGCCCCCUCACCCCCGAGAUUAUCGCUCGCCAAGCAACAAUCAACAUCGGCACCAUCGGCCAUGUCGCCCACGGAAAGUCCACCGUCGUCAAGGCCAUCUCCGGCGUCCAGACCGUUCGUUUCAAGAACGAGCUGAUCCGUAACAUCACCAUCAAGCUUGGUUACGCCAACGCCAAGAUCUACCAGUGCGACAACACCGAGUGCCCCCGGCCGGGAUGCUUCAGGAGUUACAAGAGUGAGAAGGAGGUCGACCCCCCCUGCGAGCGCGAGGGUUGCAGCGGUACCUACAGAUUAUUGCGCCACGUCUCGUUCGUCGACUGCCCCGGUCACGACAUUCUCAUGAGCACUAUGUUGUCGGGUGCCGCCGUCAUGGAUGCCGCUCUGCUGCUCAUUGCCGGCAACGAAACCUGCCCCCAGCCCCAGACCUCUGAGCAUUUGGCUGCCAUCGAGAUUAUGAAGCUGGACAAAAUCAUCAUCCUGCAGAACAAGGUCGACCUGAUGCGCGAGGAGGCUGCCCAGCAACACUACCAAUCCAUCCUUAAGUUCAUCAGGGGCACCGUUGCCGGAAAGUCUCCUGUCAUCCCCAUCUCUGCCCAGCUGAAGUUCAACAUCGAUGCCGUCAACGAGGCCAUCGUUAACACCAUCCCGGUCCCCCCUCGUGACUUCACCCAGGACCCCCACAUGAUCGUCAUUCGAUCCUUCGACGUCAACAAGCCUGGUGCCGAGAUUGACGACCUCAAGGGCGGUGUUGCUGGUGGUUCUAUUCUGCACGGUGUCCUCAAGCUCGGCGACGAGAUUGAGAUCCGUCCUGGUAUCGUUACCAGAGACGACAAGGGUGCCCUUAAGUGCACGCCUAUCUUCAGCCGAAUCGUCUCUCUCAACUCCGAGUUCAACGAUCUCAAGUACGCCGUUCCCGGUGGUCUCAUCGGUGUCGGUACCCGCAUCGACCCCACUCUCUGCAGAGCCGAUCGUCUCGUCGGUUUCGUCCUGGGUCUCAAGGGCCGCCUGCCCGAGAUUUACAGCGAGAUUGAGGUCAACUUCUACCUCCUCCGUCGUCUCCUCGGUGUCAGAACCGCCGACGGCAAGCAGGCCAAGGUCGCCAAGCUCACCAAGAACGAGGUCAUCAUGGUCAACAUCGGUUCCACGUCUACUGGUGCCAAGGUUGCCGCCAUCAAGAACGAUGCCGCCAAGCUUGUCCUCACUUCCCCCGCUUGCACGAACAUUGGUGAGAAGGUUGCUCUGUCGCGUCGUAUUGAGAAGCAUUGGCGUCUGAUUGGUUGGGCCACCAUCGCUGCCGGUGUCACCCUUGAGCCCAGCUCUUCCUAA